AUGGAUUCUGAUCAGCUGAAGGCUUACUACAGAAAGCUACUGCCGCUGGAUGUAAUUUUCAAGUGCCUAGGGAUAGACGAACGCCGAGAAGUUUCUUUUGGAACGCUCUCUGGAUCGUACAUACGGUUCCUGAGCUUUGCAUCUGCAGAUGAGUUUAGGAAGAAGCUGAUGAGUGUUGUUCCGGAACGGAUUGACAUUGGAGCGGUAUACAAUGGCCGGCCUGCAAAGCAUAGCUGUCCGAGGGUUGUUGGUAAGGAACUUGUUUUUGAUAUUGAUUUGACGGAUUAUCCCAGGAACUGCUGUGAGGGCAAGGCUGUUUGUGAGCAAUGCUUUGUGCUUGUGAAGGCAGCAAUCAGGAUCCUUGACUACUCUCUACGCCAUGAGUUUGGCUUCUGCAGGAUUGGGUUUGUGUUUUCUGGAAGGCGAGGGGUGCAUUGCUGGGUGUUUGAUGAGGCAGCACGAAUGCUUAGCGAUGCAGAACGAAACGAGGUCGUGAAGUACUACGACAGUGUCAUUAGCAGCAGGGAGUAUCCUGAGCAGUAUGCAAGGAUAUUGCGUGAGUGUGCUAUGCAUACAGAGAGCAGAGGGCCCAGCGAGGCAUGCAUGAAUGAUGCAGAGAUGUUUGAAAAGAUGUAUCUGAGGAUAGAUCGCGAGGUGACGCAGCGAAGAAAGCAUUUGAUAAAGAUGCCGUUUUCGGUGCACCCGAGCACUCUUGCAAUAUCUGUGCCGAUAGAUGCUCUGAAUGUUGACUCAAUGAAGCUGUCUGAGUUUCCUAGGCUGAAGGAUGUGUUGGAGUCGCCUGAGGUGCUUGAACCCUAUAUUGCUAUUGCAGAGCUGUGGAUUGAGCGAAGUGAUGUGUGA